UUCAUUGUAACCAGAAUGCAUAUCAGUGCGCAUAUAUUUACAUUCUUAUUCAUAAUAUCUGCAUUUGUUGCAGUGAGAACUCGUGAUAUACCGCUGUUUGUAAAGAUAUGCCACCGCAAUGAUCCAAAUCUGAACGAAUGCGUAAAGCAAAGUAUCAACUCGUUAAGGCCUUAUCUGAAGACGGGCAUUCCAGCAUUACAAAUACCACCUUGUGAGCCACUUCACGUACCACAGAUUGAAAUUAGCGAGUCAGUCGGUCCAGUUUCCGUCAGAUCGACAUAUACCGACAUCGAGGUUCAAGGAGGAACGAGUUUCAUUUUAAAGAGCGUCAAAAUCGAUAUCGAUAAUAAUCGCAUUAAAUUAAAACUGUACCUUCCAUGUCUUGAGAUGAACGCGCACUACAAUAUGGAAGGAAAGAUUUUGAUGAUGCCUAUAAACGGAAACGGAUUGGCGCAUGGCAAUUUUACAGAUAUUGAUGUCAUAGCUACCGUCCAAGGCGAACGUUAUCAAUCUCGAAGAACUGAUGAGACUCAUUAUCGUGUUACUGACUUCUACGUAGACCUCGAUGUUGGACAGGCCAAUAUCCAUCUGGAUAAUUUGUUCAACGGUGAUGAUACUUUAUCUAAUGCUAUGAAUCUCUUUUUAAAUGACAACUGGAAGAUUGUGACGGCCGAAAUUAAGCCGGCUCUCGAAAACACUAUUUCGGAAAUCUUUAAGACAUUCUCAAAUAAGUUUUACUCAAAAUUUCCAUUGGAUACAUUGCUGCCCCCUUAA